AAUUGUGAUGCUUUGCAUGCAAGAUGAGCUUGUUGGUAAACACAUGACAUGCACAAAGGGUGGCUCUGGGCCUGGGGCAGUCUGGAUCUGUAUAAAAGCCAGUCCAACUUUAGGCUCCUCAUCUACUUCUCUUGCCUUCUCCUCUUUGGUGAACAGGUGAACCUCCAUCCCGCAGCCAUGUCCUGCUACGACCUGUGCCAGCCCUGUGGCCCAACCCCUCUGGCCAACAGCUGCAACGAGCCCUGUGUCAGGCAGUGCCAGGACUCCCGGGUGGUGAUCCAGCCCUCUCCUGUGGUGGUGACCCUGCCCGGACCCAUCCUCAGCUCCUUCCCCCAGAACACCGCUGUGGGAUCCUCCACCUCCGCUGCUGUUGGCAGCAUCCUGAGUGAGCAGGGAGUGCCCAUCAGCUCCGGGGGCUUCAGCCUCUCUGGCCUUGGUGGCCGUUCCUACAGCAGAAGGUACCUGCCCUGCUAAAGCCGGGCUGGACGUCCAGAGCUGCAUUGACCAGGAAGCCCAAAUCCAUGUGCCGGACUGAGGACGGAGCUGCAGGGCAGGGUUUCCAGAUGGGCUGAGUACCAUCUUGACCUCCUGCAGGGGAGGGAGGGAUUCAAGGUGCCAGCCUGUGCUGUCUGGAAACACAGCCAACUGAUGUCUUCUUCUGCUGCUGCUUUCUUCUCUGCAUCACAAGUCCCUGUUCUCUCCUGUUGUUCUGUGCUACUGUUUCAUCUUGAAACAAGCUGAGCAGGAGUCCUACUCUUCAUCCUCUCCCCAUGUGUGUGGAAGGAAGAAGCAUGUCCCAUUGCUGUGAAGGGGUGUCUGACUGUCAGCUGCCCUUGUAGCAGCUUGCACAAGGUCCCUUUCACGAUGCGAUGCACUGUUGAAUUCUUUAGACUUAUUAAAGUUUAUGCUGCAUUGUAA